AAACAAAAAAGGCGAAUCAGCUGCGAGAAACAAGUGAAACUGAUUAACAGCGGAAGAAAAACCAUUUUUAUCUCGUUUUAUCGUAUCUAACCGUGCAAAAUAAACGUGAAACCGUGAGUUAACCUGGCAACGAACACUUCUGGCCUGAUUUCGCGUGCAAUUUUAACUCGAGUGUGAAUUUUCGUUCGUCUUUUGUUUGGGUGCGACAAAGUGGAAACUGCUGUUCGCGUAGCCAUGGCCGCAGUUGGAUUCUAGGCGCAGCAUUCGCUGUUGCGCUUCUAGUGUUCUUGUUGUUUUUCUUCCUUGUUUACCUUAUAUCUUCGGUUGACAGUCGACGGUAAUGUUUUGCUGCCUGUGUGGGGGUGGUAGCUAAAAUCAAAACAAACAUUGCGGCUCCCUGUUGGACCGACCGUAGACAAGGUGGUUCGUCAUGUUGCUACUAAUUAAGCCACAAUCACCGUCGACGCGAACGAUUUGAGGAAAGGUCGCUCGAUUUAUUCACCUCAAUUAGCUUUGAUUGAGUGAACGGAAGUGCAACGGACUGUUUUUGCGAGUCAAUCUGCUUUCGUUGUGUAAUAAAAAUCGCACUCUGCGAAAAUGUUUGGACGAGCGGAAACCAAGAAGGACAGCUUUUUGGAACAGACAAAGGCAGCGCGGGAGGAACGCGCAAAUGAGCGCGCGAUGGAAGAGAAGAGGGACAAAUCGGUUGUGCUUCUGCAGAAACACAUUCGAGGCUGGCUGGCGAGGACGAAAUUUCGAAGAUUGAUUUUAGAAGAAUUUGAUACGCUGUUGCCACCAGUCACAAACCCGACGAAAGAUAUCGAAUUGAAACCUGCACUUCAGAUAUAUCCCGCUGCGUCUCAUUUCCUGCUGCAAUGGAAAUUCAAUGCUCCGAUGGAUGCGCCCAACCAGGACCGUCUGGAACGGCUGUGCCGUUAUUUGAUUGCCAGUUUGGAAUCGGAUUCGCCUAAAACGAGCUAUAUUGGAGUGGCCCUCAAUAAGGACUAUAGCAUUGCUUGGAUUCGACACAUCAAAAAGCUGCUCUUCCACUGUUGUAUAGCCGUAGAACGGCUCCGACCGGAAGCACAUAGCGAUAGCAUAUCACUGGCCUUACUGUUGCACACAUUGGUCGCAUUCACCUCGACCAACAGCUGGGUCCUGUUGAGGAAUAAAUCGCUGGCUGGACUCAAACCAGGAAUGCUGCAGCUGUGCAGCAACAUUAUGGGCGACUUGGUGCAGAAGGGAUUCUAUUUGAAUUUGAGAAAUGUUCUCGUGAAGGGAACCUGUCGCACCGUCGUCACACUGAAACCUAUUUCAAUCACGGCGAUUAUGACGCUGGCCGUGAGGCCAUUGGUAUCCAGCAAUUUCAGCGAGAAUCUGCUGUCUCAGUUUCUGGUGCAGAUUCUCUCGGUGCCGGGAAUUACCUUCCAAUUGGAGCAAUUCUCCCAAGAGUGUCUUAACAGUCUGCAUUCCCAUCAUAUCCUCGAGAAGACUUUGGAUUUCCUCAGCAUGGGAGCUUCCGUAGAAUAUGUGGUAAAUACUCUCCAAAAUAGUCACAUACUGUCGCUUCUUGCCAACAUUGUUCACCUAUACUAUCUGGAAUCGCCGGAGAUUGCAGCGAGGCUGGCAUAUCCAACUUUCACCUUCGUUGUGACCCAACUCCUCAACGGUAUACUAACGAGUGCCGGUCAAUCCGGUGGGACGUUCUCCCAGUGGCACGAACUUCUCGGCUGGUUUACGCCAGGCCAGGAGCGGCUGCAGAACGAAAAUCUGCCGCUGAUCAAAAAGCAGAUUCACCUCCUGUGGAACCAUCGCAUAGUGAAGCUGUUGUUGUGUGAAAAUCUGAAAGAACUUGCCGUUGGAUACGAAACGAUUGAGUACACAAUUCCGAGCGUCAACAGCACCGGCAAUCUGUUGAAGCGGGCGUUGACGUUCGAGCGGAGUUCCAUGAAAGGUCAAGGCGAGAAGAGGAGCAACAAGGUGUACAGGAAGAUUGGUUCCGGUGAGGUGUCGCGGGUGGCGCUCACCUGUGCCAUGUAUCACGCGGCAUUGAAUGCGCUGUCCCAGUUGAGGUUGGACAUUCUCUCGGGGCUAUGUUACAACGAUACCGUACUCCACGACCUCUGGCUACUGCUGGGCUCACUAGGUCCGAGCUGUGGACUCAAGGGCUUCAUCGAACUGCUGCAAGUCAAUCAAACGAACUACGAACCCCCACUGUUGCUACUGUCGCUGUUUUGUGACUGUAUGACCCACUAUGUCACUAUCCUGGACGACCUGGAGAUGUACGAACAGCAGACCCCGUUCACUCUGAGCGAUUACAUCGCGCUGUCACAUUUCCUCAACACAUUCCUCUAUCGAACGAUUCAGGAUCAGAUUUUCGACAUGAAAACCGUAACCAGUGCACCGCUGUUCAUCUCCACGCACACACUGCUGCUUUGUUUGUACCGUCGCGAUUGUCGGCGCUCUUUCGCGCCCCAGAAUCAUUGGCUCAUUCGAGACAUUCGACCGUCACACUUCCUGACCGAUCUGGAGAAGGGCAAAAAGCACACCCAGAUUCUGCUCCAGAAAAUGCCCCACAUUAUUCCACACGAAGAUCGCGUCCAGCUCUUCCGGAAGUUUGUACAAAAUGAAAAGGCCGUUCUUGGACUGACCGAAUCGGCGUGUGCUUCCCCGAGUUCGGCUUUGGUUACGGUACACCGAGAUCGGAUCGUUGAGGAUGGCUACAGACAACUGGCCGCGCUGCCGCCACAUGCACUGAAGGGCGUCAUACGGGUUCGCUUCGUCAACCAGCAGGGGCUGGAUGAGGCCGGUAUCGAUCAGGAUGGUGUCUUCAAAGAGUUUCUAGAGGAAACAAUCAAACGGGUGUUUGACCCGUCUCUGAAUCUGUUCAAAACUACCACCGAGCAGCGGCUGUAUCCUUCGCCAACGUCUCACAUGCAGGAAAAUCAUCUCCAGCUGUUCGAGUUUGUCGGUCGAAUGCUGGGGAAGGCGGUCUACGAGGGUAUAGUUGUGGACGUACCUUUCGCUUCGUUCUUCCUAUCGCAGGUCCUGGGUCAGACGCAGCAGGCCCUCUAUAGCUGUAUGGAUGAGCUGCCCUCGCUGGAUAAGGAGCUGUAUCGGAGUUUGACGUUUAUCAAACACUACCAGGGCGAUGUGGCGGACCUGGAUCUAACGUUUAGCGUUGAUGAGGAUGUUAUGGGGAAGAUUGUUACGCACGAGUUGUACCCGGGAGGCAAAGCUCGUGCCGUUAACAAUGAUAAUAAGAUUAACUACAUCCACUAUAUGGCGUAUUUCCGCAUGCACACACAAAUAAGGGAUCAGACGGCCGCGUUCAUACGGGGCUUUCGGUGUAUCGUGAAUCCGGACUGGUUGGCUUUGUUUUCAACGCCAGAGCUCCAACGUCUCAUCUCCGGGGAUACGGCACCGCUGGAUCUGAAGGACCUACGAAAGCACACUCAAUAUUACGGAGGUUUCCACGACGGGCAUCGGGUGGUCGGUUGGCUAUGGGAUAUAUUAGCCAAAGAUUUCAGCGAGGAAGAGAAAAAGUUAUUUCUGAAGUUCGUCACGAGUUGCUCGAAGCCACCGCUGCUGGGAUUCGCCCACUUGGAGCCACCCUUCUCGAUACGCUGUGUCGAGGUGGGCGAUGACGAGGAUAUUGGCGACACGGUAGGAUCCGUGAUCCGGGGAUUCUUCACGAUCCGCAAGAAGGAUCCCCUCAAUCGUUUGCCGACUUCGUCGACUUGCUUCAAUCUGUUGAAGCUACCCAACUACCAGAAGAAGAGCAUGCUGCGAGACAAACUGCGCUACGCCAUAUCCAGCAAUACAGGCUUCGAGCUGUCAUAAAUUGCGCGAGCGCGAGUAGACAAAUGGGAAUACACAUGAUCCGUACUUUUAUUUUUUUGUAGGUGUACAUUGACAAGAUGUUAUUUUUUAUAUACUUUUGAGUUAACCGCAAAUUUGCGAAAAAAAACCGGAAUGACGAACGUUGGCUAUGAGGAUAUGGGCAGCUCCUGGGGUAGGCCCAAACCAUGAGCAUCACACAUAUACAAAUAUAUAUUCAUAUAGGUAUAUUUUCAACGCCUGGCGAUCCCAGGUUAUGGGCAGAAACAGUAUGUAGGAAGCAAAAUAAACACGUAUGCAAAAAUGAUGUAUUAACUGUGAUAGUAAAACUAAUAUUAGCAACACAAAUGAGUAAAAAAAUGGUUAGAAAGAGUAUUUGCUAUGUGUAAUCUAACCCCGAAAUGGCUCUGCUCUGCUCCACGCUUUGUACGGUCUGAGGCUGUAUGUGUGGGUUUUUCAAAACUAUACAUGGAUACUCCUUACCGAACGAAUCAAGCAAAUCCAUUAUAAUUUUUGUCACACAUUUUUAGUAUCUACCUCUUAGACUUCGCUUAAGCAAUGCAACAACAGACUUCUAUGUGUAAUACCCUGUUUUCACUCUCAUCACAAAAUUUGUACCUAAGUUAAUUAAUCUAGCCUAGUAUUGCACACACGGUAGCCAUUGUAGUUCAACCACACCACCAAAAGGGUCAUAACGAAAGAUUAUUAGUUUUAGUAGACUUGCUACUUGAGGCAGAGCGCUCAGUUUGACUCAUAUUGAUAAUCGAUGUAGAUGUUACAUAGUAAAGUGUACGUUGAAAACAGUGAAAUAGUUGUGAACGAAUAAAAAUUUAUUAAAA